AUUAAAAUAAAAUUAUACAAUUGUCUAAUUAUUGAAUUAAGCCCUCCAAUAAUCUAUAUUUCCAAACCAUCCUCGAGACAGCGAAGCAGAAGAGGAAGAACCAAACUUCUUGGUUCUCUUUCUUCAAUGGCGUCAAUGAUUACCCUUUUUACCAAAAUCCCACUCUCCUCUCCCUCCUUCAACGGUUCCCCGCGUACCCAUUUCGUCUCCAUCCCCACAUUGCCGGCUUCUCUGAGUUUCAAGCCCAGGAUCCGCCAAACAGGGGUCCGGGUCCUCGUAAGGGCUGCUUUGAUUGAGCCGGAUGGCGGCAAGCUGGUGGAGCUCCUUGUGGAGGAGUCCAAACGGGACAUCAAGAAAAGGGAGGCGGCGUUGCUGCCCAGGAUCAGGCUGAAGAAGAUCGACGUGCAAUGGGUGCACGUGCUGAGCGAGGGCUGGGCCAGCCCGCUCCGUGGAUUCAUGAAAGAAUCCGAGUUCCUCCAAACUCUUCAUUUCAACUCGCUCCGACUGGAAGACGGCUCCGUCGUCAACAUGUCGGUGCCGAUUGUCCUGGCGAUCGAUGAUUCGCAGAAGCAGAGCAUCGGUAACUUCACCAGGGUCGCGCUCGUUGACUCCAACGACAACCCGGUUGCCAUUCUCAGCGAUAUUGAGAUAUACAAGCACCCCAAAGAAGAACGGAUAGCCAGAACGUGGGGAACUACAGCCCCUGGGCUACCUUAUGUUGAAGAAGCUAUAACCAAUGCUGGAAACUGGUUGAUUGGAGGUGACUUGGAGGUUAUAGAACCAAUCAAGUACCAUGAUGGUCUUGAUCGUUUUCGGCUGUCACCUGCACAACUUCAUGAAGAAUUCACGAGGCGCAAUGCUGAUGCUGUUUUUGCUUUCCAGCUUAGGAAUCCUGUACAUAAUGGUCAUGCUUUGCUGAUGACUGAUACUCGUUGUAGGCUUCUUGAGAUGGGCUACAAGAACCCUGUCCUCUUGCUCCAUCCACUGGGAGGCUACACAAAAGCAGAUGAUGUUCCUCUCAGUUGGCGAAUGAAACAACAUGAGAAGGUGCUUGAGGAUGGCGUUCUUGAUCCAGAAACAACAGUAGUCUCUAUAUUCCCAUCUCCUAUGCAUUAUGCUGGCCCUACUGAAGUGCAGUGGCAUGCAAAAGCUCGGAUAAAUGCUGGUGCUAACUUUUACAUUGUUGGCAGAGACCCUGCCGGCAUGGGCCAUCCUGUUGAGAAAAGAGACUUGUAUGAUGCUGAUCAUGGAAAGAAGGUAGUUAGUAUGGCUCCAGGACUUGAGCGGCUAAACAUACUUCCUUUCAAGGUUGCUGCAUAUGAUAAGACUCAGGGUAAAAUGGCAUUCUUUGAUCCCUCAAGGGCCCAGGACUUCCUCUUUAUAUCUGGCACCAAGAUGCGAACCCUUGCCAAGAACAAAGAAAAUCCUCCGGAUGGAUUCAUGUGCCCUGGGGGCUGGAAAGUGCUAGUUGAAUACUACGACACCAUGAUACCUGCUGGCAAUGGCAGGGUUCCUGAAGCUGUUCCAGCAUAGACAGGAUUCAAUGUAUUAUAAUCUGUUGCCUUUGUGAAUAGGAGAAACCUUAAAAGAACUUAAUUAUCUCUAUGGUGUGCUGCCUGUGUUGUAAAAAUUCUGUGUCUAAAAUCAAUAAUAAAGCCACGAGGAAGUGAACGCUGCGCAGAGACAGAACUUGCCUCAAUGUAAUUAGGAUGCCUGUCCUGGCGUCUUAUUUUGGUGCCUUGAGAACAUGGGUGCCUUUGUACCAUAUUUCGUGAUUGUAUUUCAUUGAAGAACAUUGGUUUGUGGGUGCACUUUUGUUUUUUGA